ACCCAGUCUCAUUAAUUGCUUCCACUCAAAACUUUUUCUACUAUCAAAAAAAUCUUGCUAGUUAUAACAAUUUUGACAGCAAUUAAUAAUGUCACCAAACCCAAUUUAUUACUUUUAUAAAAUAAAAUCACCAAAAAACACACAACAAUCCUAACUCAAAAAUGUCUUAUACGACCACUUUCAUCACUAUAGUCCUAAGUCAAUUUUUAUUACAAGUGGCAACAACUUUGGCUAGCAAAGUUCCAGCAAUUAUAGUAUUCGGGGAUUCAUCAGUCGAUUCGGGUAAUAACAACCAGAUUGCUACGGUACUUAAGAGCAAUUUCGAGCCAUAUGGUCGAGAUUUCUACAAUAGAAAACCAACAGGAAGGUUCUGUAACGGGCGAAUUCCACCUGAUUUUAUAUCAGAAGGUUUUGGACUAAGGCCAUUUGUUCCAGCUUACUUGGAUGGGGAGUAUAGUAUAGCUGAUUUUGCACAAGGGGUUUGUUUUGCUUCUGCUGGUACUGGUUAUGAUAAUGCCACUUCUGAUGUCCUUCGUGUGAUACCUUUGUGGAAGGAAUUAGAGUACUUCAAGGAAUAUCAAAUGAAACUAAGAGCAUACGCAGGUAGAAAGAAAGCCAACUACAUAAUAAGGGAGGCACUCUAUUUAGUCAGCAUUGGAACAAAUGAUUUCUUGGAAAAUUAUUACUCAAUACAAAGCCCACGUUCCUCUCAAUACACAGAAGAACAAUUUCAAGAUUUCAUUCUUCGACUAGCUCAGAAUUUUGUGACACAAAUAUAUCAUAUGGGUGCUAGGAAAAUAUCCUUAACUGGACUUCCACCAAUGGGGUGUUUGCCAUUGGAAAGAACAACAAAUUAUGUAAGUGGAAAUGGAGAUGGAUGCAAUGAGAAAUAUAAUAAUGUGGCUAAGCAUUUCAAUGUCAUGUUGGUUAAUUUGAUUCAGAGGUUAAAUAAUGAGCUUCCGGGGAUUAGAGUGGUCUUUUCUGAUGCUUAUGAUCUUUUGCUACAAAUGAUUACAAAACCUUCUUCAUUUGGGUUUCAAGUGGCAAGUGUAGCAUGUUGUGGCACGGGAUUAUUUGAGAUGGGUUACUUGUGCGAUAAGUUAAGCCCAUUGACAUGCACUGAUGCAAGCAAGUUCGUAUUUUGGGACGCAUUCCAUGUGACGGACAAAACAAACCAAAUUAUUUCUGAUUUUCUGAUGAAAUAUGUCUUUGCCCAAUUUUUAUAGCUACCUGCAUUUAUGUUGGAUUUUGUAGGAGGAUCCAUGGAUUGACUUGUUCUCCCUUUUUUUCUUGUCUAGUGUGAUUUUUAUUUGUACCUGAAUUUGCUGCACUUGAGUUGAGGUCUUUCUGAAACAACCUCUCUACCUCCACGAGGUAGUAGUAAGGUCAGCGUAUACCCUACCCUCCCCCAAACCUCACUUAUGAAAUUUCAUUGGGUUUGUUGUUGUUGUCUAGUGUGAUUCUUGGAUACUGUGGUGUGAAGAAGUUGGAAAAGAAUAGGUGUUGUACAUCUUUAGAGUCUCAAGGAUAUUAUAUGAAGAGCAGUACCACCGAGAUAUGUACUAUUGUUAAUAAAUGGAUUAUAUUUAACAUCAAAA